UCAAAGUUCUUUUUCUUUGUUGACAUUAAAAUUAGGUAUGUCAUUUCUUUGCUUAAUAUGAUAAUAAUGAUUUGUUUUUGUUAUAUAAUAAUGGCUAUUAACUGAAAACUAGCUCUGUGCUAGCUUUACUUUCAUAGAGAUGAGGAGAAUGCAGGCUCAGAGAGCUCAACUAACUGGCCCAAGAGCACACAGCUGACACAGCAUUUCUAGGAAACCUAGAAUUGGAAUUCAGCUCCUAACACCUUGCUCUUUCAUCAGUUCACAAGGUACUUGAUUAUCUCUUUUUGGACAUGUCAAUAUUUUUCUUUAAAAAUUUUCCCUUGAUAUGCAAAGAACACAUGUUUGAUGUUUUCUGGUUUCCGAAAAUGUAAAAAGUCUGAGGCAAUGCAGAUGAAAAGCUGAAUGUUUACUUUUGACCCACAUCUGAUACUUUUGAGUGGCUUUGACGCUCUGCUAGAGAGACCAAAAGAGCCUUCACAACGAGUUUAGGCGCACACAACCUGUGAACUUCUCACUCAGUCAGCCACUUGUUACCAAGUGGAGGAAGGCCUGCAUCUUCAAUGCCGCAGUUAUCUGGAGAACAGACUUCCAGUCCCGCAGGCCUCAGUCAUCUCCAUCCUAGGUGCGCGGCUGCUGGGAGACAGAGCAAAGCUUGCGCGCAGGCGCAAAGUGGCGGCGUCGCUCCAAGGCUGUGCUUUGCAGUCCGGCGUUCUUGGGUCCCCAAGUGGUUGCCCUUUGGCUUCUUCUCCAGCUAGCCCUGUACCCUGAGUGGCCGCUGCCCCCUCUCGAGUCCCUUUCUAUUCGUUGCCAAGGCCUAUCCCCUGACGGCCCUGCCCUCUGACCUCGCGUUGCACAAUGCCUGAGCAAAGUCCUGGAGUGUGAACUGCGGCGUUCCUAUCCAUGGGCGGGGACGGGCGGCGGCGGUGCGGAAAGCUCAGGCGGAGAGCGCGCAGCCGGCCCAGUCAGUCGGCUCCAGCCCUGCGAGUUCGUCGGGUGCUGCCGCCGCAAGGCAUUCCGCCGCUGGGCCUCGCCGCCAGGCCGGUCCGCUGCUCCCCUCCCAGGCCGCUGCCGCCGCCGCAGCUAUGGCGGAAGUUCAUAGACGUCAGCAUGCCCGGGUUAAAGGAGAAGCCCCCGCGAAAUCCUCCACACACAGACAUGAGGAGCAGCUGGGGAUGGCGUCGGCCGAAACGCUGACCGUGUUCCUGAAGCUGCUGGCCGCGGGCUUUUAUGGCGUGAGCUCCUUCCUCAUCGUGGUGGUCAACAAGAGCGUGCUCACCAAUUACAGAUUUCCCUCCUCACUAUGUGUUGGACUUGGCCAGAUGGUGGCUACAGUGGCAGUUCUCUGGGUGGGAAAGGCGCUCAGAGUCGUCAAGUUUCCUGACCUUGACAGCAAUGUACCUCGAAAGACGUUUCCACUACCUCUACUAUAUUUUGGGAACCAAAUCACAGGACUGUUCAGCACAAAGAAACUGAACUUGCCAAUGUUUACAGUUCUGAGAAGGUUCUCCAUCUUGUUUACAAUGUUUGCUGAAGGAGUUUUACUCAAAAAGACUUUUUCUUGGAGUAUUAAAAUGACUGUAUUUGCAAUGAUUAUUGGAGCCUUUGUUGCUGCCAGCUCUGACUUGGCUUUUGAUCUGGAAGGAUAUGUUUUUAUUCUGAUAAAUGAUGUCCUGACAGCAGCAAAUGGUGCAUAUGUAAAACAAAAAUUAGAUUCAAAGGAGCUGGGAAAAUAUGGUCUUCUCUAUUACAAUGCACUAUUCAUGAUUCUGCCCACCCUGGCCAUUGCGUAUUUGACAGGAGAUGCACAAAAGGCAAUGGAUUUUGAAGGCUGGGCUGACACACUCUUUCUUCUGCAGUUCACCCUCUCUUGUGUGAUGGGGUUUAUCUUGAUGUAUGCCACAGUACUUUGCACUCAGUAUAAUUCUGCUCUUACUACUACAAUAGUUGGCUGUAUUAAGAAUAUAUUAAUAACUUAUAUUGGAAUGGUCUUUGGUGGAGAUUAUAUUUUCACAUGGACGAACUUCAUUGGCUUAAAUAUCAGCAUUGCUGGGAGCCUGGUGUAUUCCUAUAUCACUUUCUCUGAAGAGCAGCUGAGCAAACAGUCGGAGGCCAGUAACAAGCUGGACAUUAAGGGGAAAGGAGCAGUAUGACCAGAGGAUUGCUUCAACAGCACAGGCCCAAGAUUUUGAUGAGCUUGGAACACUGGCAGUUCUUACACAGAUACUAAAGUGUCUUGAUUAUGGAGAAAUACCAUUCCUUUGCACUUACACAAUCCAAGGAUUGAUUGCUGCCUUUUAAAAUUUUAUGAGAGAAACUUAUAAUUGACCCUAUUUUAAAUAUGUCAUUUGAAUUAAUUUAUAUCAGACUGGAAAAUGCACCGGGCUUUUUAAUUUAUUUUUCUUUUGUGCCGACAGUGAAACAACAUUGUUUUGAAAGUGUUUCAUUCCAUAGUUUGAAACCCAGGUGUCCCGAGGCUGCAUAUACAAAGUUCUCCAAGUGGAGCUCUGUCCUUCAAACUGGUGCUGUGUCUAGAAGCAGUUUUCACCUUCCUUCUGCUGGAACUGCAGCGGAGUCUCUGAAAUUUCUCCUUUGAAUUGUAUUUCUUAACGAUUGCAUUUUUUCCAUAAGGGUAUCAUAACUGCAUUUGCCAGAGAAAACCUUCGGCACUAAAAAAAAAUGAGAGGCUUUGAAGUAUAUUGCUUUUCGUGUCGGCUUUCCUGAGAACUCACGGCAUGAAGCAAGUGCACUCCUUGAAAAUUUGCUGUUCCCUCCUGGUUAUGUAGGAUGGGGAUAGGAGUGAUGGAAGAAGUAGGCCUUUUCCUCAAUUAUUUAUCUGUCUGAUCAAUUCAUUCAACUGAAAUGUGUUCAGUAUGUAACAUGCUCCAGGCCUUGUAUGAAGUGCUGGGGUACAGAGAUGCUUUUCAGAAGUAUGAUAGUUGAAUGAUCUCACUUCUGUUGAAGUGAAUGAUGGUAAGACAGGGAACUUAGCUCUAUUAAUCCAUUCAGAAGAUGUGACUGUGAACAACUUUUUUCACUUCUCAGAAACUGCAAUUCUAAAAGUGGGGUUAGACCUGCCCUACCUAACCUGCAGUCGUGUGAAACUAAAUGCUACAAUGUGAGAUUGGAUGCAUGCGAAGAGCUCCAUUUUGUGAACCAUUCGGCCUAGAGAGUGGCAGGCAGGCAAGGUGACCACCAUAUAUUUACCUGUGCUUCCCUUUCCUGGCUUUAGUUGCUACUUUUUUUACCCAUCUUUGAAGCGUUAUGAUUGGGUCUUACAUUUCUGAAUGUACUGGCUUGAGGAGAAAGGCCGCUUAGAUGUGUCUGGAUUGCCAAGGUUUGGUCUUUGUCCUGCAGUGUCAGUGUUAGAGCCAUCUCCUUUUCUCCUUAAACUAUGCAAGCAAACCCCUCCCCUCUGGCCACUCCCACCUACUUGUGUCCUUUGGCUCACUUAAUGAGGACACUGCCCUCUCUGGAGAGCAGGGCUACUUCUGGGAGAGCAGCUGUGGACGGGCAUGGUCUGAAUCGCCUCUUUGGUUGGGAUAGGCUGUUAAACUAAACAGUCCCAUGACGUGCCUCGGACACACUGACUUCGGGAUGAGUGUUUGCUCAGGCCAGCACAGCAAGGAUGCGGGAGCCUGAGCACCUCUGCACUGGCGCACGCGGUACCUUCCUGUUCAUUGGGUGUUACAGUCCACUGGACUCCUUGGACCUAAACAAUAAGUAUUUUGGUGCCACUAGAGGGGACCUGGAAGGUUUUGAUUUGUAUUUUUGAAGAAUUAGAUUGAGGUCAUUUUCAUAUUUAUGCUUUUCCAUUAUUUUGUUUGGUCUUUAUUAAAGCCUGGCCAGCAGUGCUGGGUCCCUAGAAGCGCCAGUUUUCACAUUCACAUUAUGAGCUCCAUGUCAGAGGUUCGUUCGAAGGCCUACAUGUUUCCAGUAUCAGCCAAUCUAAGGAACUUCCAGUGGGAGAGUAGGACCUUAUCUUGGGAAAGAUGGUUCUUAUUAUCCCUGUUUUAUCAAUGAGAAAACAAGACUCAAAGAAAGUAGAUGAUUUGCUAAUAAGUAAAAAAUUAUGUUUUUUUUUUCCAUUGCACCAUGCUGCUGUUAAUUAACUGCCUUCCUCUGCAGGUGUAAGGAAACAGGCAUGGUAGCUGGGUUACCUUGAGCUCUUUCAAGGGGACAAUCAGUUAACUGAAUCUGGAGUCAGAAGAAUAGGCUUUGCAAAUCAGGGAGCUCUAUGUGGUGGAUCACUGCCUCCUGAGAGGAAAGAGGCAGCAUGAAGUUAAAUCCUUAAUUUGCCCUAUGAGACAGAUGGGCUGUGGAAGCCAAAUCGUAUGACUUUGGGCUCCUCUAUUUUGAGUUAAUGACAUUGAAGUCCUCUUUGGCCAGUUUGGUUUUAGUCAGUGCCAGAUUGAUUUGAAUAAUUCUGGUUGGCAAGGCUACAUGUUGUCCACAUGUCAGGUGAUUUUUAAUUACCUCAUGUGGCGUUGACUUGAUGAGUCAGUCAUUUGUAGCAUCCAACUUGCAUGUAGGUUGUAUCAGGAAUCCGUGGAAAGUUCGGGUCAGUAAACCUGAUAUAAGAUCUUCACGGAAAGAAUAGUAGAGUUUCACAUUUGCAUAGUUUGGAACAGUACCUAGGAAUUUGGGUCCGCCUCUGAUUUUGUUAUUAUGGCAUCAUUCAGUGAGCAAAGAUUUACUGAGUGUCUCUUUUAUGCCAGACAGUAUGCUAAACAUUUUGUUUUGGGUGGCAAAAUUAUGCUCAGAGACUGAGAUUGUUUUGCCAGUGUUUUAUUGAACACAUGUUCACUGUGGGAAUUAGGAUAAUUUCCUGAGCCAAUAACAAAAUAACGUACUCAAAGUAACGAUAGACUAACUGCAGUAUUGUUCCAGGCAAGGGAAGAUGAGAGAAAAUCCAAAUUUAGUUGAGGUCUACAAGGUUGGUUCUCGGGAGAGACCGCUUAAUCGACAGAGAGCUGCCUUCAGCUGCCAGCACAAAAAGUCCCCUGCUGCUGGAGCAGAUGGCUAGGGAACGAUGGCAGUAGUGCUGGUGGGCAAGGAGUCCUUCUCUGAGGGGCUCCUGGCAGGCUGGUCAGAGAGUCACCAUUACUAUGGCCGAGCUAAUGCCCAGAGGUCUCGGGAGAGCUAUUUAGAUCAGCAAGCUGAGCUUGCCCACACAGGACUCUCAAACAGACCUCACAAACUGUAAAAACCUUUAUGCUACUUACUGUCUAAGCAGCCGCUUGCCAGAAUUGCUUCCACAUCCGAUGUUUUUUUCUUGGUAAGCCCCCAGGGUCACCCCUCAGCAGCUGAGAUGAUGUCAUCAUGACCUAUCUUACUUCACUUUUAUAUCAAAACAGCUUUACUCUUAAAACGACUUUAUUUUUGUCAUGAACAAGUAGCUUUGAAAUCAUGCCAAACCAAUACACAACACUAAGCUCUGGGGAAACUGAGAUGAACGGGACAAGGUUCUUGUUCACAAUUCCUUAGCAGGACCCUGACUGAAAGCAGCAGUUGAAUGGAAUCAAUGAUGUGAGAGUAAGAGCUGCCAGCAGUUGCCAGUAUGGCUGCUUAGGGGUGUCCCACCCAUAAAGCUGAAACUUUUUCUUUAAGAGGACUUUUAUAAUUCAUACUAGUCUUUUAGCUCUGAGAUGUGCCCGGGCUAUUGGAAUUCCGUGACUACCCUGAGCCCCUCCUCCCUCUACUGCAUAUAUUCUUGCCUCCUCAUAACUUUGUGUUAUUGGUUCCUGCUUAUCAGCAAAGCUGCAAUUGAUUUUUCCCUCAGAGGGGGAAAAAUAAUACUAUUCAAAAUAAAUGAGAUAUUGGAUGAGAAACUUCUCACAUGGUGCCGAGUGUGCAUUAGGCACUUGACAGAUUUUGUUACUGUCAUUUUAUGGUGAGGUUUUAGUCAAAACAAGUUUCUUAAUUUGUGCUCCUUAAAUGCUAGAGGCCUGGACAAUGUGUGUAUUUCUUGAAAAAAUGUGACCCUGUACUUUGUUUGCUUCCAGAAUCUUAAAUGAGAGUUUCUGUUCAAAGUCUUUUUUAAAUACCUACUGGAUAUAAUUGUGGCCAUUAUGUGAUGCAGGUGAUUCCACUUUUGUUUUAAAAAAAGGAUGAAAUUACUCGUAUAUUUUGAUGGUAAAUUUAAAAAAAUAUUUUAUCUUAGAGGAAGAUAAUUACACUUCAGAAUGAUGAUUCAGUUAAAACUUUCUCAGUUUGUCACCUCAAGUUAGCUCCCAUGCAGGCCCAUCCUUCCUCCUUCCCGCCCUCGAGUUAGAUGCGUGAAGCCAGGUCGGUCGCCUCUGCGUCUGCGUCUGCGUCUGCAUCUGUGUCUGAGUCUGGCUCAGUGGUCGGAUCUGUGAGCCGCUGGCACCUUUCUUACUGUGAGGACGCCCCUUCAUCAGGGUGUGAGGAGAUACUCUAGGGUGUUUUGUUUUUAGCUUUCUUUUUUAAAAAUAAUUUUUAAAAGAAAUCUGCUGGUUAGAUUAUCUCACAAAAAUAUUUUUAGAGAUUAUUUUGUUCAUUAAUGUUUCUUUCUCAUGCUGAUGAUCAACUGAUUUUGUCUACAGAUGUUGGCCUAUUAUAGUAUUUUUUCAAUAUAGAUUCUAUUUACCAAAUGCCAUUUUAGUGUUUUUAAGAGGUACUGAGGAUUGAGAUUAUGUAAAUCGGGUGACAUAACCAUGAAAAUUAUGUGCCUAAAUAUUUUUGUAAAGUUGUCAAAUAAAUAUGUUUUCCUGAA